CCGCUCUGUCCGGUAGAGGGCGGUAAACAUUCAGCCGAACCACGGCAGCGGGGGGUGAAACACUGCUGUCCCAAACUCCGCACACCUGGGACCUGGCACAAAAACAUCCGACUUGAAGUAACGUUGUGCUGUGCGCCUGCAUUGAUGCUAACGUGAAUGUUGCAUAUGUUUGUCUGAAAGUCUGACUUGUACACCGCAAGCUGGAUGUGAAAAUGAAUCCUCAGGAUUCCCAAAAGAUCAUCCUGAGCAGCACAUGCACCGUCUCUCUGCAUGACCGUUCACCAGUUUGUUGAAGCAUCAGCCGGCAGAUGUGAUGGACAUCACAGCCGCAGUGAACCAGCAGACUGCAGCCUCGCUGAAGAACCAGCGCCUGGCUCUGGAGAUGGCCGACAGACCUUCUGUGCUGGCCGCCCUUCAUAACACAUCUAACAUAAAUAAUCAACUGUGCAAAGUGAGCGUGAAGGCGAGACUAGGCUGUCCCAUGGGGAGAGGGGGCAUGAUGGAAUUGCGGGGGCAAAAGAGAGGCGGUGGUGGCGGUGGCAGAAGAGGACUGGUUAAAGGAUUUUACACAAGGAAAAUAGGUGUUCAGAAGGGGUGGAGCCAGCAACAGCAUGGAGGAAUUGUGAAUUGGACUGGACCGGUGGGAAACAGAGGGGGAGGAGCCAUUAGAAAGACAGAAGGAAAUACAGAGCAGCAGGUGCCACGUCCAGGAACACCACAAGGUGGUGGCCGUUAUACGUCUGUCAGUAGGGCACGUUCAGGGUGCAGCCGGGCCAGAUUCGACAGCCACCAGAUUGCUUCUCGGGAGCAGUUGGAUAAACAGCUGGAUGAGUACAUGUCCAUGACCAAGAGUCAUAUGGAUGCAGAGCUGGAUGCAUAUAUGGCUGAGGUGGAUUUGGGUGACAGUGUGUGAUUGAGCUCCACUGCAUAUUUCUUAGCUCAACCCUAACUAAUGGAGCAUGUAGUCUGACUUGCAGAUAGACUGCUCUGUUACAGGGCUAUUUGUCCUUAUUGAUUGACUCCAGCAGACUUGAACUAAUUGUAUAUAGUUGCUGCGUCCCUCAGAGCUCUGCUGCUUAGGAACCUUUGACUUCCAGUUUGUUACACUAAUUGAACAAUAAUUAUUUUCCCACAGUCUUACUGAACAAGAAAGAUUUGAAAGCUUUCUAAAGGCUUGUGCUGCUUUCUAGGAAAACUCUUUUUAGUAAUCCAGCAUGAUGUUGUUUCUAAGAAAACCGUUUCACUUUAUUUGAUAAUCAGUUCCAUUGAAUACUCACAUUGAAUGAACAUGAAUCACCCUUCAGUUAAAAGUUUAAUAGUUAAUAUUUUUAUAAGCUGUUUGCAAUUACAAACAAAUAUGUUUAAUAGCCAACAUGACAUCCUUUUCCUCAUGUUUUGCUUGUAAAUUGUAUCAAGAAUCAUACGAGACCAAUAAUAAAAUUUCAGACUUAUUUGAGUUAUAACUGCUAUGUAGGAGCUACUGCAUGUGUCAGCCAUCUUUUUUUCAUAACAGGGUUUUGUAUCAUUCCGAUUUGAUUAGAAUAUGCAAGAUUGACUGUACACAUUUAUAUUGUUGGAUUACGUGCUACAGGUGGUGAUAAAAAAAAAAAAAGGAAAGUGCAUGUGGAACUGUUUAAACACACACCGUGGUGAUAGUUGGUAUUCCUAUUCUUUAAUAAAAGAUGUUUUGUUAAUCGCUA